AAUUAAUCUUCCAACACUAUCACAUACUCACUAUGCAUGCGGGACCACAGCAUUUAUUAUCCACUAUUCGUCAAAAAUACUGGCCAAUCGCAGGUCGUAAUCUAGCAAGAAAAACAGUUCAUGAUUGUAUUAAGUGCUGUCGUUUCGCAGGUAGAUCAAUCCAACCUGUCAUGGGUAACUUGCCAAAGGAACGUCUUUCUAUGACGUAUCCGUUCUUAAAUGUAGCAGUCGAUUACGCAGGCCCAAUCUUGAUUGCUGACAAGAAAGGUAGAGGGUGCAAAUUGAUUAAAUCGUGGAUUUGCGUUUUUGUUUGUCUGGCGGUAAAGGCUGUACACGUUGAGCUGGUGACAGACUUGUCAAAAGAUGGCUUCCUCGCAGCGCUGCAGAGAUUCGUUGCUCGUAGGGGAAAGCCCAUCAGUAUCUAUUCCGAUAACGGAACCAAUUUUACUGCGGCUAGCAGGGAUCUGGCUAGGUUCUUGAAGGCGAGUGGUGAGGAGAUAGGUGUCUCGGCAUCAGAGUUAGCGAUUAAUUUUAAAUUUUCUCCCGCGUAUUCACCACACUUUAACGGCUUAGCAGAAGCAGCAGUAAAGUCGAUUAAGCAUCAUCUAAAAAGAGUUUUAACACUUACCAAUUUAACAUACGAAGAAAUGUAUACUUUAUUAGUAGGGAUAGAAGGCAUACUCAAUUCUAGGCCCAUAACUCCUCUUUCUUCCGAUCCCACUGACCUAAUCCCACUUACACCGUCCCAUUUCCUGAUCGGAAGAACAAUGACCAAUAUUCCAGAGCAAAUAGAUGAUCAGAGGCCAUUACACCUACAGACUAGAUAUGAAAGAAUAAGCACAUUAAAGGGCCACUUCUGGAAACGAUUCUACAAAGAAUACUUUGCUGAGCUGCAAUGCCGCCAAAAAUGGAAAGGUGACCACAGUCAACUUCAUCUAGGCGAGAUGGUGUUGGUCAAGGACGAUCGAUUGCCUCCGAACCGCUGGCUGCUUGGACGUGUGAUCCACCUCUACCCUGGCUCAGAUGGCAUCGCGCGAGUAGCAGACAUCCAGACGACCUCGGGGACUCUACGGCGCGCCUACAACCGACUCUGCCCGCUACCUGUUUUGGAAUCUUCGCUUCCAACGGGGCCAGCAUGUGAAGUAGCAGCAAACUUAAGUUAAAAUAAUAUGUGAAGUGGCAACACCGCGCUUCCGCCCGGCGUAGGCGCCAUCAUCUGUGUCUCGCAUUUUGACAUUGACCUUUUCGUUUCCGCGCUCUGGCUGGUACUUGUGCCAGCCAGAGCGCCGCGUGU